AUGGGUCGUUAUAUUGAAUCAAUUGAAGAUGUACCAUCUGGAAAUAUCUGUGGUCUUGGUGGUAUUGAUGAAUAUCUAGUUAGAACUGGUACAAUAACAACAUUUGAAAAUGCAUACAAUCUUCGAGUAAUUAAAUUUAGUGUCACUCCAGUCGUACAUAUUGCUGCUAAACUAACAAAUCCAGCUGAUCUACCAAAAUUAGCUGAAGAUUUGAAACGUUUAGCUAAAUCAGAUUUUAUGAUUCAGUGCAAUAUUGAAGGAUCUGGUGAACAUAUUGUAUUGAAGAAGAAUAUGCUUGUAUUCCAACAAAAAGUUUCUGAUUCAAUCCUAUCAUAUCGUGAAACUAUAUCUGAAGAAUCUGAAAUAAUGUGUCUAGCAAAAUCGUCUAAUAAGCGUAGUCGUAUCUACCUGAAAGCUCGACCUAUGCCUAAUGGUUUACUGGAAGAUAUUGAUGAAGGUGAAGUAACAUCACAUCAAGAAGUCAAAGCUCGUGCACGUUACUUAAAUGAACAAUAUGAUUAUGAUAUAAAUGAAGCACGUAGAAUUUGGUGUUUUGGACCUGAACGAACUGGACCAAAUUUUUUUAUUGAUUGUACUAAAGGUGUAGAAUAUCUAAAUGAAAUAAAAGAUUAUUGUAUUGCUGGAUUCCACUGGGCUACACAAGAAGGUGUACUUGCGGAAGAAAAUGUUCGUGGUGUUCGUUUUGAUAUUCAUGAUGUUACAUUGAAUAGUGAUGCGAUACGUCGUGGUGGUGAUGGUCAAAUUAUUCCAGUAACUCGUCGUGUAAUUUAUACAUCAAUGCUCACAGCUAAACCACAACUUUUCGAACCAGUCUAUUUAUGUAGAAUAGAAUUUCCAGAAGUUGUUCUUGGUAGAGUUUAUGGUGUAUUAAAUCGUCGUCGUGGUUAUGUUUUUGAAGAACAUCAAGUAGCUGGAACAUCAAUGUUUAUUGCUAAAGCUUUUACUGCUGAUCUUUGUUCAAAUACAGAUGAUCAUGCAUUUUCACAAUGUAUAGUUGAUCAUUGGAAAGUUAUAAAUCAAGAUUCAUUUGAUGAUUCAACUAAAGUUCGACAAAUUAUUAAUGAUAUUCGACAACGUAAAGGAUUAAAAGAAGGCAUUCCACCAUUGGAAAAUUUUUAUGCCAAAGAAUGA